UUGCCAUCUGUUGGUACAUUGGAAAAUUCUGAACUGACUUCGGUACACUGAACAACCAUCGUUUGAGAAGGCGUCACUAAAAGUGUCAGAUGAACGACAAUAUCAAUUACAAAAUCAAAAGUGUGGCGAAAUUUUUCGCCGGUAGGAGCAUAUUUAUGACAGGUGGUACCGGUUUUGUGGGAAAAGUUUUUGUAGAAAAAUUAUUACAUUCUUGUCCCGAGAUCGAUAAAUUAUAUAUGUUAAUGAGAGAAAAAAAGGGAGUACCUAUUGAGGAGAGAUUAAAAAAAAUGUUUUCAUUGCCGCUCUACGAUAAACUCCAUGAAAUGAAUCCUUCAGCUUAUAAAAAAGUUAUUCCCAUAAUCGGUGACACAGCGAAAAAAGAUUUAGGAUUGGAUCCGACCGAUAGACAAAUUAUCAUCGAUAAUGUUUCUAUUAUAAUUCACAAUGCCGCCAACGUCAGAUUUGAUGAUAGUUUACAACACGCGAUUUUAAAUAACACGAGAUCUAUCCGUGAUAUUUGCAUUUUGGGUGAAAGUAUGAAAAAAUUAGCGGUUUUGUUACACGUAAGUUCGACCUAUGCACAUAGCGAUAUACCUGUCGUAAAUGAAAUACCAUACAAAUCAAAAGUCGAUUGGAGGGAUGCUAUAAAUAUAGCAGAAAAUGUCGAUGAUUAUUUAUUAAAAAUCUUAACAGCGAAAUACAUGGGAACGAUCCCGAACACUUAUAUAUUUUCGAAAAAAUUAGCCGAAGACGUGGUCAAUUAUUAUUCCAAUCGAUUACCAUGCGUUAUUUGUAGACCAUCGAUAAUCAUCAGUACGAUAGUAGAUCCAAUUCCAGGAUGGAUAGACAAUUUUAAUGGUCCAGUAGGUUUGAUGGUUGCUGGUGGUAAAGGAAUAUUAAGAGUAACUUAUUCGAAUUCAAAAAAAUUUAUGGAUUAUGUACCCGUCGAUUAUGCCGUCAGAAUUUUUAUACUCGCCAUUUGCAUACGAGGACAAAAUACGAUAGAACAACAUCCAACAACCAUGAUCUACAAUGUGUCAACGUACAACUUGAAGAAAAUCACUCUUGAAUAUAUGAUCAAUACUAGUCUAAAAGUUAACCAAAUCAACCCUUUAUCAAAUCCGUUAUGGUAUCCACAUGUGUUUAUUAUUCCAUAUUUCUUUCUAUUUUACGUUAAUUUUAUGCUCUUGCAUUUGUUACCGGCCAUAGUCAUAGACCAAAUAUUCAAAUUAAUCGGAUAUAAACCAAUAUUGGUCAAAAUACAAAGGAAAAUAUACAUUAGCAGCGUUUUCUUAUCCUACUUUACUAACAAUUCAUGGGACUUCGUAAAUAAAAACAGUUUAAAGUUAUUGAAUUCGAUAUCUGACGAGGAUAAAGCCGAUUACUGGAUCGAUAUUAAUUUAGUGUCCGUAGAAGAUGUAUUAUAUUCUGGGAUAAUUGGAAGUAAAAAGUAUCUUUUAAAAGAGGAGAUGGAUAUUAAAAAGAAUAGACGUGGAUAUAACAGAAUGUGGUAUUGCCAUAUAAUUGUCAAAACCGUAUUCUACAUCCUUUGUUUGUGGUUCGUUAUGCGUACGUUAAUAAAAUGGAUUUAACGCAAUCUAUACGAAAGAUUAUUCGACUUGAGAGAAAGAAAAGGUUACUUAUUGAAAAUUAAUACGAAGAAGAGAAAGGAACAAUAAAUAAAACCAACGUAAAAAAUUGAAAAUGACAAUU